AUAUACCUAACGCCAGUCGGACCAACCAACACAACAGCGCAGAUAAAAAACGCACAAGAACACGCCUUCAAUUCCUCAUUUUCAUCGACCCGAUCCCCAGCAAAAUCAGCCAAUAUAUAUGAUCUCCAUGUGUCCACAGUUCAUCCACAGCUAGCUAGCUUACACAGAUCGAGUGAUAUUUUCGCGCCAUCAAUAAUCAGCCAAGCUCUCAGUCGAGCUCACGACGACGACGGCGACCUCGUCGUCUCGUCCAGGUCAGAGGAGCUUCCGUUAUUUAUAGGGGGGCGUGAGCUGCGCGCCAUGUCUUCCUCCCCCAAUAGCAAGGGCACCGACAGCAAGAAGAACCCCCUGGACGCCAUGGGCGCCUUCUUCUCGGCGCAGGUGGACCGGCGCAAGCUGGUGACCACCCAGAAGCAGGCGCUGGCGACGCGGUGCUCGUCGUCGGGCGACUGCGCCUUCCCGGGCUCCGACCACCGCCCCGCCGACCGCAAGACGUGGAUGGCGGAGCUCGGGCCGGAGCGGCUGCGCGUGCACCAGGUGGUGUGGCCGGGCUCCCACGACUCCGCCACCAACAAGAUCGGCAUCCCCUUCAUCACCCGCCCCUUCGCGCAGUGCCAGUCGCUGUCCGUCUACGAGCAGCUCGCCACGGGGUGCCGCCUCAUCGACGUCCGCGUCCAGGAGGAGCGGCGCGUCUGCCACGGCGUGCUGGCGACCUACUCCGUCGACGUCGUCCUCGCCGACGUCAAGCGGUUCCUGGCCGAGACCGUGUCGGAGCUGGUGGUCCUGGAGAUCCGCACCGAGUUCGGCCACGAGGACCCGCCGGAGUUCGCCAAGUACCUGGUGGAGCAGCUCGGGGAGGAGAACCUCAUCCGGCAGGACGACGGCGUCUUCUGGAAGACCGUCGCGGAGCUGCUGCCCCGGCGGGUGAUCUGCGUGUGGAAGCCGCGCAAGUCCCCGGCGCCCGGCCACGGCGAGCCGCUGUGGAGCGCGGGCUACCUGAGGGACAACUGGAUCGACACGGACCUGCCGGAGACCAAGUUCGAGAGCAACCUCAAGUUCCUCGGCCAGCAGCCGUCCGUGGCCGACCGGCGCUACUUCUACCGGGUGGAGAACACGGUGACGCCCCAGGCCGACAACCCCGUGCUGUGCGUGAAGCCGGUGACGCGGCGCAUCCACUGCUACGCCAGGCUGUUCCUCGCGGAGGUCUUCGCCAAGGGCCUCGGCGACAAGCUGCAGGUCUUCUCCACCGACUUCAUCGACGGCGACUUCGUCGACGCCUGCGCCGGCGUCACCAAGGCCCGCGUCGACGGCGCGGCGUGACACCGACAGACGGCCGGCGUGCAUGGGUUUGUAGUAAUUAGAGCGGUGGUCGGGCGCGAUUAGUGGAGUAAUUUCUUCUUUCCUUCUUGGUGGGUUUUCGACGGCGUGUCGGUGUGCAGGGCAGAAGCAGUGUGUGUGUGGGCAUUCUUUGUCAUGGAAUGAUAAUCGUGCUUACGUUCGUGUGUGAUGUUGUAUUUGGGGUUUACUGUAUAUACGGAGACGAAUUGCAUGUACAUGUGAAUAAGCAGAAUUGUUUGUUUGGUGUGAA